ACAGGUUCACAAUUAAGUUCGCGCCGAUUUAUUCGCUUAAUAGCAAAAUAUGUCAAACAAAUCAGAAUUUAAAGAAAAUAGUGGCAAGAAAACAGCAAAUAACAGUGCCAAAAGGUUGAAAAUGAACGAGAGUGCCAGUUUUUCAAAAACAUACAGCGAAUUUGAAGAUGACAAGGAUGCAAGCGUUUCUGUAACAAUCUAUGAAGAUGAUAAUGACCUUAAUUACUUUAACAAAUCAAAAAGCAGAAUUCUUAAUUCAUCUUUUGGAAAACGUUCGCCUCUGGUGCUGAUAAAUAAAACAAAUCAAAGUGCAGCUGGAUCUUCCUCCCAACAUCAGAUUCCCAUAAGAACAUCUUGUAAAGUUGAUGAAGCAUUCGUGAAAAGACACCAAUUAAAAGAGCCAGCCACGGAUCCUUUUCAAUCGAUAUCUGAUGAGAUUCUUCUUCAUAUAUUUUCAUUUCUUCCGAAAAAGACUUUAAAUAGAAUCGCAACAGUUAAUGAUCGUUUUAGUCGAGUAAUUCAAGAUGAAACAUUAUGGAUUCGAUUAGAUUUAGGCUACAGACUUCUACGACGUGGUGCAAUUAGUAAAAUAAUCUCUCGAGGAGUCAUAAUUUUACGUUUAGCACAAGCAAAGAUUCAAAGUCCAAUUUUCGAAUCGUAUUUUGAUUCUGACGAGUUUGUAUCAACAAAAUUACAGUAUCUCGAUCUUAGCAUGGCCUCUAUCGAUACGUCGUCUCUUGAACAAUUCAUUAAAACAUGUCGUUCCUUGAAAAAGCUCAGUCUCGAAGCUGUUCCGCUUGACUAUGGUGUUUGUCGUCAAAUAGCUGCAAACAAAAAUCUCGAAGUUCUUAAUCUUGCAAUGUGUGAAGGAAUAACGAAACAAGGAAUGAUAUGUCUCCUAAUUAAUCUUCAAAAUCUCUUAGCAUUAAAUAUUUCUUGGACUGGCUUAAACCGGGAAUGUGUUGCUGCUGUUGUUGAGAAGCUCACACCAACAAUUGUCAGAUUAAAUAUUUCUGGCUGUCGGAAAUCAUUGCUUGACAGUCAUAUACAAACGCUGACCAGACGUUGUCGGAAUCUUGUGGAACUUGACAUCUCUGAUUGUACAUUGUUGACUUCAAAUUGUAUUGAAAACUUAAUGAGUCUUGAUAAGCUUGAAUAUAUUUCAUUAUCACGAUGCUAUAACAUCGCCACAUCAUCUUACUUGUAA